AUGAAACACGCACUUAUCUCUUGUAUAUUAUUAACGAAGCUAAUGUCUUUUUUCAUUUAUAGAUCGUUAAAACCUUCUAGAAUGAGCAAAUUUUUGCUUUUUGUAUUAUACGUCACGUUAUGUAGUGUAGUGUGGAUCCGAGCGUUAUCUCCAUGUGCUCGACGUGUGUACUUGGCCAGAGCUGAGCAGCGAGAUGAUAAAGGAAGGAGGUGCUGGGACAAUGUGAAAGUACCUUCAUGCGGUGGAAGAUGUGAUUCUAGAGAAAUUUCCGAUUGGGAGUUUCCGUUCAAGAGGUCCUAUCAUCCUGUAUGUGUGUACGGUACGAGGAUACCGCUCAUUGUACGUUUGAGGCACUGCGAUGAAGACGUAACCCCCGGUACCGACAUCUUUCAUUACGUUGCCGCCGAGAACUGCCGCUGUAAGGUUUGUUCAUCUCAGCAUACAAGUUGCGAAUGGCUCCCACCGAACUCAACAUUGCUUGAGGGCAUUGCGACCGAAGAACAACACCACUAA